AAAUGCUCUUCCGUUCCUUCAUCAUUGGUUUUGUGCUUCUCAGCGCCAUAGCUGCCAACUCACUCAUCAAUCCUUCAAAUCUAACAGACGACUAUUGCAAAAACGGAGGUUCAAUAGUUAAUGGAAAAUGUGAAUGCACUCUUCGAUAUGAGGGACCACAGUGUGAAAGAGAAAGAUGUUUGAAUGGUGGACGUAGGCAUUCCGCCAAAGGAACGGUACGCUGUCAUUGUCCAUAUGGACUAUCUGGGGACAGAUGUGAAAAAGUUACGUACUGUGAACCCGGAAAAGGAAAAUUGGUUGAAGGAAAAUGUGAAUGCUUCGAGAGAUGGACAGGACUUUUCUGUAAUAUGAGAACAUGCUUCAACGGUAUUCCAACUGGUGGACUCGAUGGAUUCUGUCUUUGUGAUGUUGGAUAUACUGGACCAUUCUGUGAUGCUCCACUCAUUUGCGAAAACGGCGGUUCUGUAACACAGGAGAAUGAAUGUGCUUGCACUGCCGGAUACACUGGAGAUCAUUGUGAACAGUGUGCAAUCGGGUAUAUCAAGGAGGCACAGUAUUGUGUGCCAGAGGUAUCGGAAUCUUCACUUCUUGCUCACACAGCUUCCCUUGGAAACCGUCCAUUCGCUUGGCCAAUUAUAUUAAUGGGAUGUGCGGCUGCAAUUGCUCUUGUCGUUCUUGCUCUCACCGUCAUCUUUGCCGUUCGAAAAUGGAGCAGCAAACCAUCUCGAGUCAAUUCAGUUCAAGGGGAUCCAGAGAAUGGAACUGAUGUCUGAAAACAUAAAAGUUUAACAUUUUUAGCCCACAAUUCUCCGGUCUCACAAAGUCCUCUAAUGUCUAUUCUGGUCUGAACCAACAUCUUAGUUCUUUAGCAACAUUUCUUUCUUACUUUCUAACUUUAAGCGUAUUUUUAACCUAUGUACAUAUCCCAAUUAAUCAAUGCAUUUAUUUUGUUCAUCAACAAUUAACCUCAUCCUCUUCUCAAUUUCUUCCUCUUCACUUUCUACUGGUAACUUCUUCACUCUCAACGAGUGUUUUCUCUGCCAAUUCUUCUUUCAUUCGUAUUUAUGUUUUCGCAUCCUUUUCAUAAAUAGGCACUUAUUUCAUUGUAGUAACUUAUAAAUUUAUUCAUGAAUCAUUGCGCAUGCAUAGCGCCAAUAAACAUUCAAAUACUUU